AUGGCGAGUACAUCCAGCUCGGUGUCACACGCCGAGAACCAAGAAGCCUCUAACAUAAAUUCCGAUGACAACCAGAUAUCGCACUUGCCACCAUCAACGACGACCAUAGCCACCUUCUCAUCAUCAUCGCAGAACGAGCUGCAUCGGACUUUGAACAGGUCAGAGGAGAAGCAGUUUCUUAGCACAGAGCUCGAGGGACGCCAGCUCCCCAACGCGACCGCUGAAGAACACAACGUAAAUCUAGAUAGACCGCAGGUAGUGACAACUUUAUCUAGCUUUUUAAAGUCACAUAAUGAACUUCAUCGAGCCAUCGAAAAUCCUGUGGAACACGAAACCGAUGGGAUAACUUCCGAAGUAACAUUAGCCUUCGAUACCAAGGCCGAAGAGCAGCAACUUUCUGAUAAGGAGACCAAAGAGCAAGGAGUUCCCGGCCUAGAUUCUAAGGAACCUGGAGGUGGUGAAAGGAGCCUCCAGGACGAAUUAGGGCACAAGAAGGAGGUGGAUAGUCUCUCUAGUCCAAUAUUGGUCAACGAACAAGAUGAGGAAUAUAUCCAAGGCCCCAAGCUGUACCUGGUCCUGAGCUCGCUCACAAUCGUCUACUUCCUUGUCAUGCUAGAUAAUACCAUUCUCGCGACCGCCAUCCCGUAUAUCACCGACGAGUUCCAUUCUCUACUGGACGUUGGAUGGUAUGCUAGCGCUUACCAACUAAUAUCGUCAGCAUUACAGCCAUUGGGUGGUAAAAUCUACUCCAAACUUAGUUCGAAAUGGUCUUUCCUCAUCUACCUCAUCCUGUUCGAGAUCGGGUCGGCUGUAUGCGGUGCUGCUAAAUCUUCGGCCAUGCUCAUCGGCGGGAGGGCGAUUGCGGGAGCGGGUGGAUCAGGUCUCCUGAAUGGAGCUUUAAUCAUUCUCAACUCUUGUGUUCCGCCACAUCGCCAACCAGCUGUCGUUGGCAUCCUAAUGAGCCUUGGUCAAUUAGGUAUUGCCUUCGGACCCCUUAUCGGCGGAGCCUUUACCCAGUACGUGACUUGGAGAUGGUGCUUUUAUAUCAAUCUUCCUAUCGGCGGCGUUGUAGGUCUCGCGAUAGUCUUCAUUCGCGUUCCAGACCACAUCAAGAAACCCGACCCACGCCAAGUACUCAAGCACGCAAUCAUGGAUUUCGAUCUUCCUGGAUUCAUCCUUUUUGCGCCGGCGGCCAUAAUGUUCUUUCUCGCGCUCCAGUACGGCGGACACCAAUACCGGUGGGAUAGCUCGCAGAUUAUUGGCCUCUUCUGCGGCGCGGGAGUAACCUUCAUCAUCUGGCUAAUAUGGGACAUCUACCAGGGAGAUAGCGCCAUGGUACCGCGUUCGAUGAUAAAAACGCGCGUCGUGUGGGCCAGCUGUAUGACUGGCUUCUUCAUGGGCGGGACAGUCUUCCUUACAGCCUACUACCUACCCAUCUACUUCCAGGCCGUGCUCGCCAAAUCGCCAUUUACAAGUGGUGUAGCUGUUCUACCCAAUAUCCUAGCACAGAUGGUUUUCGGACUUAUAUCCGGAGGCUUAGUUCAGAGGAUUGGGUAUUUCCCACCAUUCAUCCUAGCGGGUACCGCUCUAAAUGCCAUUGGAUGCGGCCUUUUGAGUCUUUUCGCACUAUACACCCCCACGAGCCACUGGAUCGGGUUUCAAAUAAUAAUGGGAGCUGGCCGUGGUCUGACUAUGGCAGUCCCCUUUCUUGCAAUGCAGAACAGUCUUCCGAAGGAGAUGAUACCUAGCGCGAUGUCAACCUUAGUGUUCUUACAGAAUUUUGGCGCGGCUGUGAUGGUCGCCCUGGGACAGACUAUUCUCACCAACAGCCUCGUCACUUUGAUACCACAGUACGCCCCGGGGGUCGAUCCAUCUCUUAUUAUCAACGCCGGCACGACAUCCUCAGCUAUAUACCAAGCCGUAGGCGCGGAGAAGCUACCAAGCGUUCUUUUAUCUUAUUCGAAAGCUUUACAGCGCGUCUGGUACUUCACCGUUGGUAUUGCUAUACCACCUUUCUUUAUAGGUUGGUGCUUUACCUGGGAGAACAUUCGCAAGAAACCUAAUGGGACGGACUUACGUGAGUCCAGUGAAGCUUUGAAGUGA